AUGAGUAGCAAUGGAAAUAAUCCCAAUUCUUCGCACAAACGCAGUGGUUCAGCGCUUUGUCUGGGCCUGCGCAAAAAAGUGGCUUCCUCAAAUCCUUUGGUACUUCAUGGUCGGCAUUUUGGUCGCACAGUUUUUGCCCUUUAUUCUCCCACCGACAUUCAACGGGAACACAGGGUGUUCAUGGAGCCAAUAGACUCCUAUCCUGGUCUUCUAGAUCGUUUGAUGAAUGGCGAGGAGAAAGAUGUUAUUCACGCAGGAGAAUUACUGGGUAAAGGAGCCUCUGGUGCAGGACAGGUAGUCAUAUCACCCCUCUCCCGGAAUAUCAAGUCAGAUCAGGGGUUCAAUCACAAAGUCACCAGUGCUUUACUUUGCCCUGCAGGCCUUGAUUGGUCAAAUGCAGAAACCAAGCAGAAUCUCAAGAGCGGUGAAACCGCUGUUCGUGGAGAUCAAUGGCCCAUGUUCUUAUAUGCUGAGUAUGAUUACGACCCCAAAGAUCCAUGGAAGGGGUUGCUGAAGAGCAAAAUACUUGUCUAUGGUUUCAAACACGUCUUUACUUCUCCAAGUUCAGUGGAUAAGGAGCCAAAAGCUACACGCUCCGGCAAUGCUUACCUCCAUGGCAUGAAGUUGGUAACCAAAGGAUCUGUAGCCUAUAUUGCUACACAGGCAUGCACGAAAAAUUUUCAUGUUCGAUUUUUUUCGUUGAGUUCCUCGUCCGUAUUUUCAUGGACGGACACGGUCACAGACUCCGAAAAUUUCUAUCUUAGUAUUCUUGACCUGCUGGAGGAUCCUGAUGAAAGUCAGGAAGUAGCCGACUUGAUAACAUGGUAG